CACACUCAAACACACGCACACAUAUAUACACGCCCUCCACCCCCAUCGCUGCAGUGUCUCAACUGCCUCGGAGCAAACAAGAGAGGAUAUAGAACGCAGACGGUAAUAAGACAGAGGAAGAGGGCUGCUGAAAGAGAGUGAGAGAGAGGGACAGAGAUGUACUUAAGUGUGUGUGUGUGUGUGUUUGUCCCUGUGAAUAUGAGGAUGAUUUGAAGAUGAAGCAGCAGGACUAAAGGUGGACCGCACAGAGCCUUUCUCUCCCUGUAAGGGCUUGUCUGCAGUACCCUUUGUAAAUGGAUGCUGGCUUGUGAACACGACUCGCAGCCCUUGAGUUGCUGGGGAGGUAUCACGCCACAGAAGAAGCCGAACAAAUUUGAUCAAGAGCAAUAACGAACAAAGCAGGCGGACGUCGAACCGACUGGUUGCACGAGCCAAAGAAGAUCAACGUACUACACGAGCCAUGUGGGAGGACAGCGAGGCGGUUUUGCUAUUCCCCCACACUAAGCCCCAACAUCUGGUCUACUGACACACCUGACAAUCCCCUGAUUUUCGCCAGAGCUUUUUCCUUUGCUAUGCACCCCGGCUCCAUUGCCUUGCUGUCCAACCCUCGGUGCCAGGCGCUGUGUGGGCAUCACACAGAGGAGUUACCUACUGCCCCUGAGCAAAAAUAAUGAAAUACUCGUGAGCCACUCUUCCGUGUGGUGGCUUUCCUUGUCUGGUGAUAAAUUGGUCGAAGUUUUUCCCGCCCUCCUUAGAAAGGCCAGUUCAGACCUUCCCUGAAAACCCCUCUCCCGCCCUUCCACUAGCUCCUUUUAGGUCACCGCUUCGUUUCUAAUUUGUUUUCCCAUCAAGCAGCAGCACGAGUUCCUUCGCGCUCACCACGUGGUGGAGGACCAUGGGAUGCCGUCAGAGCUCGGAGGAGAAGGAAGCGGCGCGGCGCUCGCGGCGGAUCGACCGCCACUUGCGCUCAGAGAGCCAGCGGCAGCGGCGUGAGAUCAAGCUGCUGUUGCUGGGCACCAGCAACUCGGGCAAGAGCACCAUCGUGAAGCAGAUGAAGAUCAUCCACAGUGGCGGCUUCAACCUGGACGCCUGCAAGGAGUACAAGCCCCUCAUCCUGUACAACGCCAUCGACUCGCUCACCCGCAUCAUCCGCGCCCUCACCACCCUCAAGAUCGACUUUCACAACCCCGAUCGCGCUUACGAUGCUGUCCAGCUCUUCGCCCUCACGGGGCCGGCCGAGAGCAAGGGGGAGAUCACCCUGGAGCUGCAGGGGGUCAUGAAGCGUCUGUGGGAUGACUCUGGGGUCCAGGAGUGCUUUCAACGAUCCAAUGAGUACCACUUAGAGGACAACACUGCCUACUACCUGAACGACCUGGACCGCAUCUCCGCGCUCGAGUUCAUUCCGACUGUGGAGGACAUCCUACGGUCCCGCGACAUGACCACCGGCAUCGUGGAGAACAAGUUCACCUUCAAGGAGCUCACCUUCAAGAUGGUGGACGUGGGCGGGCAGCGUUCGGAGAGAAAGAAGUGGAUCCACUGCUUUGAGGGCGUGACUGCAAUCAUUUUCUGUGUCGAGCUAAGUGGCUACGACCUCAAACUCUACGAGGACAACCAGACAAGCCGCAUGGCCGAGAGCUUGCGCCUGUUCGACUCGAUUUGCAACAACAACUGGUUCACCAACACGUCGCUCAUCCUCUUCCUCAACAAGAAGGACCUGCUGGCUGAGAAGAUCAAACGCAUUCCUCUGGCCGUGUGCUUCCCUGACUACAAAGGUCAGAACACCUACGAGGAGGCCGCCGUGUACGUGCAACGGCAGUUCGAGGACCUCAACCGCAACAAGGAGACCAAGGAGAUCUAUUCGCACUUCACCUGCGCCACCGACACCAGCAACAUCCAGUUCGUGUUCGACGCCGUCACGGACGUGAUCAUCCAGAACAAUCUGAAGUAUAUUGGCCUGUGCUAGGGCCCGAUUUCUGGCAGAGGGGUGGGGGCCGCUUGGCAGCGGUGGGCCCGUCACCAGGCUGGUUAAACAAAAAGGCAAGUCUGCCUGACAGUUUAUCUCUUUAUUGGAGAGGUGCAACAGAGACCUGCAAAAGAAACGAGGAAGUACGAUGGUCAGGGAUGGACGAUACUGUAGAUUUAUGUUUCAGGUGAAACAAAAGAAGCGAUGGGUUCAUGGUCAAGAGGGGAUUUUUACCCAAUGUGGUUUGCCCUGAACACGAGUAUGCAGAGACACCCAAACACACAUGCAUACACACACAUGCACCAACGCAUAUCCUUAUGUUUGCUCACAAAAUAGAUCUUUGGAUCAACAGUCAAGCACUUGUUGACAGGGUAACACUGGAAAUAUUAGACAGCUGCCCCUACCUACCUGCCGAACUCGAGGUAGUAGGUCUGUACUGGUGGUUUUCAGUAACUUUUGUCUCCUUCAUUUUAUUUGCCACAGUCAACUAAUGCUGCUUUACAGCAAGAGUUUUGACAGAAACAAUGUUCUCCAACGGGUUGUCACACUAACAAUAACCAGUGAGUGCACCUAAUGAGAUUUAGAGAGAGCCUGUAUAUCUGGGGGUGAAAAAAAAGGCUUCAGACAUGAUGUCACACAGUCUCUGCCUAAAAGAGGGCACAGUGUAAAGCUAAAGUGAAAUACAUUUUCUACACACUAUUUCUGUUUUUCCUUCCAGGUCAACUCUCUGAUGUUGUUCUUUUCCCCCUAUCUUAUAUCUUUUUUUGUCUUAAAGAAAAAAAAAGAAUAUGUCUCACAAACCUGCCAUUUAUAGCAGGUCACUUAUAAUACCAAGAGUGUUAUGCUCGGCAGUCAAAAGUAUUCCUUUAGGACCAUUCCAGUUUCCAACAAAGAGACAACAAAAACAGUGCCAAGAUCAAUUUGUAAAUAAAACCAGAUCCCUUCCAGUUAUGUUAAUUUGUGUUUCUUUUUUUAUGGACAAAUACAUUAAAACAUGCAUGAUUUUGUUGCUUUGGGAUACUAAUAUAUUUUGUUUGGGAAUGUGUUCCUUAUUUCUUAGUUAUAAAUAAUAUAUUCCCGAGUGUGUAUAUAUAUAUAUAUAUA